UACUUCCUGUACAGUAGGACAUCCCGAUCCCGCUGCACUCCAUCAGUCCUGAGUCCUACUUCAGAGACGCUUGCUUACAUUUUCCCGGACAGGACUGGACUGGAAACCGACAGCUUUGUUUCAGUCGUCUGCUGCAAUAAUGUAACGGACCUUUGCGUGUGAUUAAAGUCAUCUCGUGUGUUAUGGAGUGUGGAGUCAGUGCUGAACAUCUCUGCUGCUGAUCCAGACACACACACAGAGCGCGAUCUCCUGCUACCACUGUUUUACUGUAGACUUUUGAGAUACAAAACAUGGGCAAACAUCUCAUCUGCUGUCGACUUUGGGCUCUCGUGGCUCUUUUCUGCCUCGAACACGUCUUGUCUUUUAAUUUGGACAUAAGCAAACCCUCGGUGUUUUUAGGACCUCCAGGAAGUUAUUUUGGAUUUUCUGUGGCUUUCUUCAAUCCUGAUAACAAACAAUUAAAUAUACUGGUGGGUGCUCCCAGGGCAAACACUUCAGAUCAAACCCCUUCAGCGGUCACUGAGAGGGGAGCUGUCUUCAGUUGUCCCUGGAAUAAAAGUGGCCAGACAUGCACACAGAUUGAGUUUGACAGCACUGAUAACAAGAAAAGUUCCAAUGGACAACAAAUGGAGUUUAAAUCGAAUCAAUGGUUUGGAGCGACAGUGCGUUCCUCUGGGGAUCAUAUACUGGCAUGUGCUCCUCUCUAUCAGUGGAGUACCCGUGGAUUAUCAGAGAGAGAGCCUGUUGGGACAUGUUUCCUGAAGAAGGGCAACAGCAUUGUGGAGUAUUCACCCUGUCGCUCCGACUCAAACACACCAGAGGGACAAGGGUUUUGUCAAGCCGGUUUUAGUGCAGACUUUGUGAAGAAGAAUCGGGUUGUUCUUGGAGGACCAGGAAGUUUUUACUGGCAAGGCCAGCUGAUCUCAGAUGACAUCAGUGAGGUCAUCAGCAGAUACAAUAAGGAUUCACUCAUCACUCCAUACAGUAAACAGUUAUCAACUAAGUCAGCCGCGGCUCAGUAUGAUGAUAGUUAUUUGGGUUACUCUGUGACUGUUGGGGAUUUUAAUGAGGAUGGUGAAGACGAUUACGUCACUGGAGUUCCUAGAGGCGAGAAGGCUCUCGGCUAUGUCAACAUUUUCAACGGGAAGAACAUGGAGUCUAUAUAUAAUUUCACAGGCACACAGAUGGCUGCUUACUUUGGUCAUUCUGUAGCAGCCGUUGACAUUAAUAAUGAUAGGAAGAUGGAUUUAUUGGUAGGGGCUCCUUUGUUCAUGGACCGUGGUUCAGAUGGAAAACUAAGGGAGGUGGGUCAGGUAUAUGUUUACCUAGGCAAAGGUGGCUUCACUUUCAGCGGUGCCAUUAAACUUACUGGCUCUGAGAUCUAUGCCCGAUAUGGAAGCUCUAUCUGUGGCCUGGGAGACCUCAACAUGGACGGAUAUAAUGAUGUGGCCAUUGCUGCUCCAUAUGGAGGGCCGUUCCACCGUGGCCUGGUUUACAUCCAUAACGGGCGUCCCACAGGGCCCAGUCCUGUGGCCUCUCAAAUUCUAGAAGGGACGUGGGCGUCGACUUCCAUGCCUUCAAGCUUUGGUUAUGCCAUGCAUGGAGGCACUGAUGUAGAUCAAAACGGAUACCCUGACCUGAUUGUUGGCGUGUUUGGGGCUGACAGAGCUGUUCUGUACAGGGCUCGUCCAGUCAUCAGUGUGAACAGCACACUGGAUAUUAGCCCACAGAUCCUGAACCCUGAGGACAAGAGCUGUACUCUGCCGGGAUCAACCAACAAAGUGUCCUGCUUCACUGUGAAAUACUGUUUGAAGGCAAGUGGCAAAGGAGCACCAUCCUCUCUUAACUUUCAGUUAGAUCUGACCCUGGACCGCCUCAAACACAAGGGAGCCAUCAAACGCGUGCUGUUCCUACACAACCAGAAGUCUCACUAUUCAAAAAAUAUGACUGUCUCCAACAACGAGGGAAUGAGCUGUGAGGAGCUACAGGCAUACUUAAUAGAUGACUCAGAAUUCAGGGAUAAGAUCACACCCAUUGCCGUCUUUAUGGAGUACAGCUUGGAUUACAAAACAGCAGCAGAUAAAACCGGCCUGUUGCCCAUUAUUGACCAGUCUACUCCUACAAACGUCACCAAACAGGCCCACAUACUCCUGGACUGCGGUGAAGACAAUAUUUGCAAACCAGACUUGAAACUGACUGUUGUGAGUAACCAGAAACAGAUCUACAUAGGUGAUGAUAACCCACUGACCCUAGAGGUGACAGCAGAAAAUGAAGGGGAAGGGGCGUAUGAAGCUGACCUUAUUAUCACUUUACCAUCUCAGGCAGAUUUCAUUGGGGUCGUACGGAACAGUGAGACAUUAUCCAGGCUUUCCUGUGCCUUCAAAAACGAAAAUCAGACCAGACUGGUGGUGUGUGAUCUUGGAAACCCAAUGAAAGGAGGCACCAAGAUUGCAGCAGGAUUACGCUUCAGCGUGCAUCAGCUGUCUGAACAGGACACCCAAGUCAAGUUUGACUUGCAGAUACAAAGCUCAAACCAGUUCAAUAAAACCAGUAAUCUGGUGUCUGUGGUGACAGAGCUCGCUGUGCUGGCCAAAGUGGAACUAAGGGGGGUGUCUGCACCGGAGCAGGUCUUCCUACCCAUAGCUAACUGGCAACCAAAACAAAAUCCUGUUCUAGAGGACGACAUUGGACCUCUAGUUCAGCACAUUUAUGAGUUGCGAAACAGAGGACCCAGUACCUUCAGUAAGGCCAUUUUGGAUGUGCAGUGGCCCUACAGGUUCAACAAUGGAUCUCUGCUUUACAUCACCAAAUUAGAAGUGGAUGGAAACAUGAAUUGCAGCUCAAACAGAGAGAUCAACCCUUUGAAUGUAACCAAUCCCAGAUUGGUUGACAAAAAUGAGACUUCUGGCAGAGAGGACAGGGCAGAGGGAAGGAACCGCAGACUGCACCGCAGAGACCUGGAGGAUAAACAAGGAGUGGAAAACUUAGAGAUUCUGGAUUGUGGAACUACUGAGUGUCAGGAGAUAAAGUGUUGGAUUGGGCGUCUGGAGAAAGGACAGAGCGCCAUUUUAUUUAUUUACUCCAGACUCGCUGUCAGCACAUUCCUCAAGGCUGAAAGUCAAAACAAGUCAUACACUGUUCGAUCAUCCGCCUCCUUCAGCGUGGUAGAAAUGCCUUAUAAAAAUUUAAAGUCUGAGCUUCCAACCAGCAUGACAUCGGCCUCUCUGAAGGUGAUUUGGGUGAAUUCAGAGCUCAUUCAGCCUGUUCCUGGAUGGGUGGUGUCUCUGGCUGUAAUGGCUGGACUUCUGCUACUUGCUCUGCUCAUCUUUGUCAUGUAUAAGCUGGGCUUCUUUAAACGUGUCCGGCCACCACAGGAUGACAACAUAGAAAAAGAACAGCUCCAGCCUCAGGAGAACGGAGAGAGAAACACAGAAGCCUAAAGUCUUCAUCUUUAGCAGUUCAUUACAGCACCAAUACAAUAAUAGCACACCUGCAGGAUUAUGCCAGAAAUGCAGGCUAUUGGCACUACUGGUGAGAAUAAAAUACAUGCCUUUAGAAGAUUUUCUCUUUAUUAGCAGGUCAGCAUUUCAGUGAAGGCAUCGGAGCGUGAUCAUGCCUACUUUUAAUAUGUGGAUAUCCCUAAUGGCGCCUGUUGUUGUUUGAAUGGUACACAUAAGCAUAACAUGCAGUAAUGUUGAAAGAUUAAAGCCCUGCGUCCCUUCCUUUUCCACUGUGCGCCUUUUCUGUUUACCUGCACUGAGACUUCGUGAGGUUUGAUUUCAAUUGGGUGUAGAUAUUAAUACAUUUAAAGUUUUUUUUUUUUUAUAAUGUCUUAACCUGUAAUAGAUUUAAUGUUGAGGAACAGUAUGUAUGCUUUGGUACAAAUUUCUGGUUUUCAUUCUUUUGUGGGAGAAACUUGUGUGUUGUUUUGUUUAGUGCAGCCAAAUUUCUAUUUUGGACUCUUGGCAGCAGUUUUGGUGUCCUUAAUUUACAGUUGUUUCAGAAUUUGGGGAUUUUAACUCUUAUUGACUAUUUGGGCUGAAAAAAAAAUAUUCUUAUGUUUGUCUACUGUAAACACAUAUUAGUGCAGGGAUUUAAUUCGGUUAAAUUUCUAUAAUUAAAAAGAAAUAAUCUGUUUGCACAAAAG